AUGGAGAUCGCCUGCCUGAGCACCUGCACACCGAAAUUCGUUACGGAUGUGAGGUCAUCCUUGAAGGAUGUCGAGGUUGGAGAGGAGACUAUACCUGAUCGCAUGCUGUCGCGCAUCCGUUACUUCCAAAAUGAUGCUUUCAAGACUGAUGAUGGCAAAGACGACCUUGCACGUUUGCCUCAGCGCGUGAAGUACAUCACCUUCAAGGCCACCCGGUUGGACCACAACAUGGAUUGGAUGUCAAAGAACAGCCUUUCUGGAACCAAAGAGGCGAAGGAGAUUGGCGGGGUUCAGAUGAACCAAAUUUCGAAGGCCACCAAGUGCGCAUCUGCGAAGCUGCUGCUGCACAUGGAGGGCUGCACGUGCUCUGGCACGUACCUGCACCUCCCACCUUAG